CCUCACACUCGCAAUGCCUCGCUUCUUCGUAUCCUCUCCCUCCUCCUCCUCCUUUUCCUCUCCGGCCACGGCGAUGGCGACAGCGACAGCGACAACAACAGCGACGCAACCUACCACGACCUUGACCUUCGCUCCAAGCCUUUGAUACUGGCUAAGAUACGGUGCUUGAUAAUUAUCUUCAUAGCCACUUUCGUCGCCGGCGUUUCCCCCUACUUCUUCAAGUGGAACGAGGGCUUCUUGAUUCUCGGGACGCAGUUUGCUGGCGGUGUUUUCUUGGGCACGGCGCUGAUGCACUUUCUCAGCGACGCCAACAAGACUUUCGAGGACUUGACUACAAAAGAUUACCCGUUUGCUUACAUGUUGACUUGCGCCGGCUACUUGUUGACCAUGCUUGCUGAUUGUGUUAUCUCCUACGUGUAUGGCAAGGGAAACGGUGUUGGGUCCAGUGCUGCUGAUCUCGAGCAUCAAGGUGGAGUUGAGCGAGGGAAAGGUAUUAAUAACGGCGUGACUUCACAAGCACAGCAUCGGGUCCAUCGUGGCUCCUUUGCUGCUGUGGGUUCGCUUGGGGAUACCAUUUUGUUGAUUGUCGCAUUGUGUUUCCAUUCUGUCUUUGAGGGUAUUGCGAUUGGAGUUGCAGAUACAAAAGCUGAUGCCUGGAAAGCCUUAUGGACAAUCACUUUGCACAAGAUAUUUGCAGCCAUUGCCAUGGGCAUUGCUCUCCUCCGCAUGAUUCCAAACCGUCCUUUCUUGUCAGGUGCAGCCUAUGCUUUUGCAUUCGCCAUUUCAAGUCCAAUCGGUGUGGCCAUUGGAAUCAUUAUAGAUGCCACAACUCAGGGUGCUGUGGCAGAUUGGGUCUUUGCCAUAUCAAUGGGUCUAGCAUGUGGAGUUUUCAUCUAUGUAUCCAUAAACAACCUACUAUCAAAGGGUUAUAUACCACAGAAGAAUGUCACGGCAGACACACCCUCUCUCAAGUUUUUUGCAGUGUUGUUAGGCAUUGGAGUUAUAGCUGUUGUGAUGAUUUGGGACGCUUGAGGUCAUGCCGAAGUGUAUGUGUGUUUGGUUCCUGCUUGAUUGAACUUUGUUGGAAGUCAGCUCUCGUCUCCCUUCACAAAAGAACAUAUGCAUACUGUAUAGUUGAGACCUUGAUUAAUUGUAUUGCACGGAAGAUAAGUGCUAGUUUUGUUCGAUGUCUACCUCUAAGUUAGUCGUAUGUUAUUUGAGUACUGUGACAUAUUCCAGUUAAUAGAGCAUUGCGCUGGGCAUAGUUUCUACUUCAA